CUUUUCCGACAUUUACUCKGGAAAUUGAAAGAAAACCUUUGGCUCCUUGUUGAUUUAAUCAAUCUCAAGAGCRGCAAAAUGAGAAUUGCAUGGUUUGUCGUUGGUUUUGCAGUGCUUGCGCUAUCAGUUAAUGCUAGGCCUAGAGUUCCAGCCUGUAAAAAUUGCUUUAAAGUUCUWAACACUGACAUAAAGAAUGCYGCAAAGAAAAGCAUGACMGCAGUUGCACAAGCGGGCAUGGACCUCACCCAGAUGCGWAUCCAGUUCGCUGAUCAGCAAUUCAACCUUGAGGCAAAUCUGAAAAAGGCCAAAGAAAUGUCCGAAAACAUAAAGUCUAAAAUACAGAACAAAAUUAAAGAAAUCAUGAAAAACUUUGAAAAAAUGACGCAAGAUACAAAGGAAAAGUUGGCCGAAGUUGCAGCUGCUUCUGACGCUCUUGGGGAAUUAGAAAAGAAAGUUGGCACCAAAGAAGUCAAAGACAAAGCCAAGAAAAUUCGUAAUGAUAUGGCCAAAGGGCAGCAAGCCAAAUCCAACCUUGCAAAACAAGUCUUGAAUGAAAAUGGAGUCAUUGCAAAACUCGAUGCUGCCAAAAUCCUUGCAAAAGAUAAGGUCCUGAAGGCUGCCAAGGCACUCGAUAAAAAGAAAGCUACAGUUAGAGAUGACAUUGCACGACUUGAAAGCGAUAUGUCGUCUGCUGAAGACCAACUGAAAAACGAAGAAGAUCAAGAAAUGGAAAGUGAACGAGAAGCACGAAGYAAGAUCCAGGAAGCCGUGAAACACAACAAGGCCGCAAUCAAUAAAGCAAAACUKUUCUUGUUAAGCGUGGAGAAAGGGAUMGARAAAUUCAACAAUGAUAUCAAAGAGGUGCCAUUGAGCUAAAUAUCACUCUUCCUGUGCAUUCCGAAUUGUUUCUGAGAAAAGUUUGCUUUGAUUAGAGAUAUAUUUUUGUAAAAUGUAAUUURCGGAUGUAAAUAAAUAUUUUGUUUCUGUAUAA